CGUUAGGGGUCAUAAAGCCUAGUGGCCCCAUGGCCCCGCUGGGAGGCGCCCCGCGACUGGUGCUGCUGUUUAGCGGGAAGAGAAAAUCCGGGAAGGACUUCGUGACUGAGGCGCUACAGAGCAGCCUGGAAGCUCCAGGAAGCUGUAGGUUAACUGGGUCCUGAUAUCUCCCUGUCCCACAGACUUGGAGCUGACAUUUGUGCUAUUCUCCGGCUCUCUGGUCCACUCAAGGAGCAGUAUGCUCAGGAGCAUGGCUUGAACUUCCAGAGACUUCUAGACGCCAGUACCUACAAGGAGGCCUAUCGGAGAGACAUGAUCCGCUGGGGGGAGGAAAAGCGCCAGGCUGACCCAGGCUUUUUCUGCAAGAAGAUUGUAGAAGGCGUCUCCCAGCCCAUCUGGCUGGUGAGCGACACUCGGAGGGUAUCUGAUAUCCAGUGGUUUCAGGAGGCCUACGGGGCUGCCGUUCAGACGGUCCGCGUGGUAGCCUCGGAGCAGAGCCGACAGCAGCGGGGCUGGGUGUUCACACCAGGGGUGGAUGAUGCUGAAUCAGAAUGUGGCCUGGACAACUUUGGGGACUUUGACUGGGUCAUCAAGAACCAUGGAGAUGAGCAGCACCUGGAGGAGCAGUUGGGGAACCUGCUGGAAUUUGUCUACUCCAGACUUUAGUUGUCAGGCUCUAGAAGUGAGCCAGGCAUGCUGGGCUGAGGAUGGGGCUGACUCUGCAGGAUGUGGGGGCCCCAACCCUGACCAGGCUUGGGGAGCAGAUAGGGCCUGUACAGAUUUCUUGCAGCCAGGGCUGGUGGAUGUCAGUUCAGUUAGGAAACGUUGGGGGAGCUGUUUUUUCUGUGGAAAGGGUGCCCUACUUCCCUGCCUCUUCAGGAGGACACUUAAAGGGCAAAGGAGGGAGAAUUACUGUGCUUGAAGCAGGAACAGCACCAUUUCCACGGGUGCCAGGCCUGUUGGCUCUGGUGGCCCUAUUUCCCUGUCUGGAUGUUUUCAGCCCCUGUACUGGGCAAGAACCCAGGGCUCCCUAGUGUGUUCACUAAUAAACCUCCUUGGAAUACA